CGUCAGUUUCCAAACAGCAUUAUCUUGGACUGAUGACAACGCGCGGCAGCCCGGGCAUACACACGUAUCUUCUCAUGGGGCCAGAUGAAGAUCAUCCGGAAAGUGUACACGCCCCCGCUCGCUGCGAAAGCUGAGCGUCCCGCUCUCAAUGUAUUUAUUACAACAUGUGGUCGAUUCCUACCGGUGCCGCUGCCGAAAGCCUGGAUAGGCAAGCCAGUUCUUGUCGCUGUGAAAGAUAACAUCACUACUCAAGGCUCCCGAACAACAUGCGCAUCAGCCAUCCUCAAACGACACAAAAGUCCUUUCCCUGCCGAGGUGGUUCGCAGGUUACAGAGUGGGAGGCAAAGUGUGGCCAUUAUAGGGAAGACUAAUAUGGACGAGUUUGGCAUGGGCUCUCACUCGACUAAGUCGUUCUUUUCUGCGGUCCAGAACAAGAGCCCUCUCCAUGAUCACUCUGUUGGUGGAAGCUCAGGUGGAAGCGCAGUAGCAGUAGCAACGGACCAGUGCUUAGCUGCCCUGGGAACAGACACUGGAGGCUCAGUACGGCUCCCUGCGGCGUAUACGGGAAUUGUGGGCUUCAAGCCAUCAUACGGAAUGGUCUCUCGAUGGGGUGUGAUUCCAUAUGCCAAUUCUUUGGAUACUGUGGGGUUGCUUGCGUCUGAUGUGAAGUUGACGAGAAAUGCCUUUCGUUUAAUCAACCGAUUUGACCCGAAAGAUCCCACUUCGAUCACGGAAGCUUCUCGCACGCGGAUGGAGGAAAAGCGAGUGAUGGAUGUGAACGAGACAUAUCACAGACAUGUCCGAGCCGGCGAAGUCGAUACGAGUAAGAGCCAGGCCGCCUUUCCAUACCAAAAAAUCGGCGUACCUCUAGAGUACAAUAUCGCGGAACUAGAUCCCGCCAUACGAGAAGCAUGGCAGAGGGCGUUGCAGCUCUUCCAAGACAACGGCGCAACAAUUGUGCCGGUUUCUCUGCCGAACACCAAACAUGCGCUUUCAGCAUACUAUGUUUUGGCGCCAGCGGAAGCAGCUUCAAAUUUGUCAAAGUAUGAUGGAGUGAGAUACGGAAGUCGAUCGGGCGCAAACGAUGGAGAAGGAGAUGUUUUGUAUUCCAAUACCCGGGGAGCAGGGUUUGGUGAUGAGGUAAAGAGACGCAUUCUGCUUGGCGCGUAUACACUCAGCUCGGAAGCGAUCGACAAUUACUUUAUCAAGGCUCAGAAAGUCCGUAGAUUGGUUCAGCGAGACUUCGAUCAGGUAUUUGCUAUCUCGAAUCCACUACGACCAGCGGAACAGUUCGAUCUGAGCAAUCUGGACGAAUCUAUCAAGCUUGAUGACAAACAUGGACCGGCUCAGGUAGAUUUUAUCGUUUGCCCUACUGCUCCUACGCUCCCGCCGACACAAAAGGCAGUGAUGGAGGAAAGCCCUGUCAACACCUAUAUGAACGAUGUCUUUACGGUUCCCGCAAGUUUGGCAGGUCUUCCUGCCAUUAGCAUACCAUUUCCAAUUAUGGAUGAGUAUAAAAUAGCGGGAAGGCCCAAUUUUACUGCGAUUCAGAUGAUCGGUCAGUAUUCUGACGACGAUCGAGUCCUCGGCGCCGCCAAAAGGCUAGAGCAGCUUAUCCAAGCUACUACUGCUACAGCGCCAGCAAAGAAACCGCUCAUCAAGUUCCACCACUGGGAAAGAAGAAAACAUCAAGUCCGACCGAAAGUCAGAAAAGUAAUGUCUGUGGAGCUUCCAACGGGAGGGAAAACACGGUUGAGGGUAGAAAAUUGGAAAGCGAAACAGCGGCAAAAGAAGGAUGCGAAAGCCAUGGUACCGGAGGCAGUGGAGGCCGAAGCGAAACGAGCCGAUGAGAUAUUUGAGGAUGCGUUGAAGACAUGGGAAACCCUUAAACCUCAAUCAAUUGACACGCAAAAGUCGUCGGAUAUCACGCAUAGUGGGAAGCCGGAUCUGGACAAGACAAACGAGGUGGAAUUUCAUGUUACUUUCAGCUCCCGGGAAAACUCGAUGUCGUCCAAGAAACCUAUAACUUCUGAAGCAGCCAAGGCAGAUCUUGAUACGUCCUUCGAUACCUGGGACUCGAAGAAGGAGAAAAGCCAAGAGAAGGGAAUGGAAGAGCAGAGACCUGCGGACCCAAAGGAAGAGAGGAGUCAGAAUCGUGAAGGUCAGGAGCCUGCGACGAGGGAUGACAAAGCUGGUGAAAAGGGAUAUUACGACUGAACGUCAAAAUCUUCGCCGCUAUCGCUGUACAAUCCGCAGCGACAAUUCUGUAGGUGGGGCGGAACCACGCUUUCCGAUUUCAUCCAACCGUGGAAUAUGCAUCAAGCAUGCCUAGUAUGGAGAUUUUGACGAAGCCAAAUUCAGGACCAAAUCUCUAGUCCUUCUACCUGAAUCGACUGUCCCUGAUCUGCCGCCACGUCAGCCACUUCAGUGUAAUAUUACAAUUUGUAGAUACCCGCUCAUGUAAUUAUAGAUUGUACAUCACAGAUCUUCAAGUUCCUUGUCUCAUACAUCAGCGAAGAAAACCUCCGUUUAGAUAUCUACCAAAUAUACUCCAAAAGUACU